GCUUAUGGACAUCAUAACAACAUGACCGAGGAAGUGGCUCGACUGGCUCAACCUUUGGAUCAUGCUAACGUUAUACGUCUGAAUUAAGCUAUUCUUACAACCUGCUGGUAAAGGAAACAAAGAGUGACACCAUGGCAACAGAGGGGGAGCCGACAGACUUGAUCAAAGUGCUGCACCUCCUCGUGCUCUCUUUCUCCUGGGGAAUGCAGUUCUGGGUCUCCUUCAUCGCUGGUUUUGCGCUGGUGUGGCAGGUAACUCGGCACACGUUUGGCCUGGUGCAGAGUAAACUCUUCCCCGUGUACUUUUACUGUCUGGUGGGGAGCAGCUUUGUCAGCCUGGCUGUGUUUGCUGGGUAUCACCCCAGAGAGCUGCUGGACUGGCAUGAGAGCCUACAGAUGGUUCUGUACUUUGUGGCGCUGGUCAUGGCAGGUCUGAAUGCCCAGUGGUUUGGCCCGGCAGCCACAGAGAUCAUGUUCCAGAUGUGGGAGGUGGAGAAGGAGCACGGCCUGGGGAACCAGGUUGGUCUGGGCAGCCAGAAAGAGGAGUAUGCCAAGCUCAAAGAGCGGGACCCCAAGUACAGAGCGUUAAAGGGCAAGUUUGGCCGCUACCACGGAGUGUCCACCCUCUGCAACCUGACGGGCUUCAUCUGCACCACAGUUAAUCUGAUCUACACAGCCCUCAAUUUAUCCACCAUUUAGACACAAUAAAAUGCUGCAACGACUAAUCAAUUAUUAAUUGACUAAUAAUUGGAGCUUUCCUAAUCAAUUAAUCUGUCAAUGAUUUUCACGAUUCGGUCCAUAAAAUGUCAGAAAACCUUGUUUUGUCCACAAACGCAAAAUGAUUGUUGUUUUCAUGAAUGUUUUAAUCAUGAAAAAAGCUUCAAACGAUUAAUUGAUUAUCAAAAUAGUUGGCGAUUAAUUUAGUAAUAGAUUAAGAAUCAGUUGAGUAAUUGUUUCAGCUCUACUAUUAAUCGAUUACAAAAUGUAUCAUCAAUUUAAAAAAAAGUCAUUCUUUCUAUUUGGUGGUUUUUAUUAUUAAAUUAUUAAAUUAAGCUCUGAUUUUUCAGCUUCAUAAGAAAUGAUUAAAACUGGAUAAUGUGGACAAAACAAGAAAACAACAACUUGUCGACCCAUAUAAUAAUUUUUCAGAUUAAUAAACUGUGAACAUAACUCUUUAGUUGCAGCCAUUUUGACACGUUUUAGCAGGAAAAGCCAAACUACUAAACCGAGGUAUUGAUUGUUCACACCUGUGACCUGUCAACAUGGCUGCUGCGUUCAUGAACAUUUCCCACUGUCUUUUUCUACACAGUAUUUUAUGUGACAAGGCAAAUAUGAUGGCGGAGGAAACAGGAAGCACGGUGUUGACUUUAGAGUUAAACGAGCCCACAAAUCAGCCUGGAAGUGACAGUUAUGUACUGAUUUAUUUGCCCCAAGUCUUAAUGAGUGAGAAUGUUUCAAUCAAGUGUGUAUGUUUGAGGUAUUUCUACGCUAUUGUAUUCUCAUGUAACGUCAGUGAACCGCGUGUUCCCGUACGGGCAUUUGUUGCCAGCAGGGGGCGAUGUUUGGACACAGGGAAAGUUGAUUAUCUGUUCCCCACAGCUGAGCACUUAAUGCCACACUGUUUAUCACUGGUUAAAUGUGUGGUUCCCUGCUUUUUUAACGGAAAUGAUUGUGCUUCAGAAGUGACACUGUGGUCGUGACAUGCAACAGUGCGGCUGUUUUGUUUUCUUACGCGUGCAACAGCUUUCUCUGCUCUGUUCCGUGAUCUUUGUGCCCUAAAACCAAAGCACUGGUUUUAUCAGAUUGUGCUGGAGGGGGGAAAACACACACACACACACACACACACACACAUACACUGAUGAAUGAACCCAGACACAACAGACAGUGGCUGUAUUUGGAAUAGGCAGGUUUUUAAUUAAAUUACCACUGAUGCACAUCAGAUUUGAGAGAGGAGCGGCCUUGAAUGCAGAGAACAGUGAUUUGCUGGCCAGGAAGAGGAUGAGCGAGGUUCUGUCCCUGUUACUGCUGUGAUUUCAGCACUAAUGGAUUAAAAUUGAGUAAUUUCAAUACAAAAUGCGGGGACUGAACAUAAAGGGAUGAGGUUGUGCUGCUGCACUUCAUGCUUGGCUUUGGUUUUUUUAAUUAUCUGGCUUUCUAGCUCACAGAAAUACAGCACUGCAUUGUGAACAUAUGUCAUGUCUGACAUUUGUCAAGGUGCCCUGUUGUCAGGUAGGAGUACAAGGAAGUUACUGUGACUUUUGGGGAAUGUUAAGUUGUCUUUUGCAGCUGCAGCCUGGAAAUAAACCUCUUUUUAAGCAGA